UACACAUGAACAGAUAUUGAAAGCGUCGGUCUCACGCUAUACUAUGGAGGCCAGAAUACUGCUACUAGCAGCCCUUGUGGCUGGAGUUCUCGCAGGACCAAUAAAUGUUCGUUAUGAAAGCGAUGAUAAUACUAUGUGUGCACAAAGAUGCACAGAAUCAUCAAAAUUUAGAUAUCGACCUGGAACGACUUAUGAAUUUGACUACAAUGUCCAGACACAUACUGCUAUGGAAGGCGCAUCCGAUGAAAAGGCUACCCUUGGAAUCAAGGCCACGGCUGAAGUUGAGGUUAUGUCAAAAUGUGAAUUUGCACUCAAGUUAAGAAACGUGCAAGUUUUCCAAUCAGAUCCUAGCGAGGCCAUGCGACCAAUUGACAACUCAGAAUUCAGAAUGGCUCUCGAAGCUAACACCCUGAGAUUCGCCUUCCAAGAUGGUGCCGUAGAAGAGCUGUGCCCAGUUGAGGGUGAUAGGCCAUGGAUAUUGAACAUCAAAAGAGGUGUCCUUUCAACUUUCCAGAACACCAUGGAUGCAUUUGAAACUGACCAAUCUGUCCAUGAGGCUGAUGUAACAGGGAAGUGUAUGACUCAGUAUAAAAGCUCUAAAAACUGGUACACGACAACUAUUACUAAAUCCAAGAAUUUAUUAGGUUGUAUGGAUAGACAAAACUACAGAAGUGUUAUCCAAGCUAUGCCUUAUAGAGUUCCAUCUGAAAUCCAGUCAUUACCUCUGAUUAAAAGUGAACAUGAAUGUAACCAGGAAGUCGAUAACACUGAAGCUUAUCUCAAGAACGUCAUGUGUAAAGAAACCCACGUUUACCGACCAUUCUCAAACGAGAAUAGCGGUGCCUUAACAAGAAUUAUCCAGAAACUGAAAUAUAAAUCAAUGAGACAAGGUGUGACAACAAGACCAGGUUACAUCACACGAAGAGCAAACAUGUUUUUCGAACAUGCCAAAGAGCCAGUGUCAUCUGAGAUGCAACGAAAGGAUGUUGAAAGAAAACUUCAAGAAAUAUGCCAUGCUACAAGCUCAGACAUUAGACCACAGGUACCAAUGAUGUUUUCUGAACUUGUUCAUUUGCUGAGAAACCUAAACACAGUUACAAUGAGAGACAUCUACAUACAAGUUACCAGUGGUUCCAUAUGUAGUGGUAAUAUGGAAAGAACCAAGAAAUUCUUCCUUGACGCCAUCCCAAUGGUCAGUACCAGCAGCUCUGUUGAAAUGAUGAAAGAACUAUUGAUGAACAAGGAAAUCACAGGACUCGUUGCUGAAAUGUGGAUUAACACCCUCGCUUUUAUUCAGGCACCAACCAGAGAAAUGUUGGCCAAUGCCAAGGAUAUUCUUCGUAUGAACAGCAUUCAAGAAAAGGCCAUGCUCCCAGUAUCUUCUUUGGUAAACAAUUUCUGUACCAAGACACCUGGCUGCUCUGACAUGAUGGAAGUCAGUGACAUCAUUGAAAUCUUCGAAACCAGUUUGGGAAGUGGAUGCUAUGUUCGCGAUAGCAAUCUGGAAAAGGCCCUGAGAACUCUCCGAGCAAUUGGAAACGCUGGACACAGCAACACAAUUGGAUCUACUGUCUUGAGCAACUGCUUCAAAAGAGCAUCUAACCCAAUGGAAAUAAAAGUUGCUGCCCUUGAAGCUUUCCGACGAUUACCAUGCUCAGCGGAUAGAAGUGGACCAAUGACGAUAUUCAGAGAUAGAUCCGAAGACUCUGAAUUGAGAAUCGCCGCUUACCAAGCUGUCAUGCGAUGCCCAAGUGAAGAUAUUAUUAACAUAGUUAAAUCAACAUUGGAAUCAGAAGAUGCUAAUCAAGUUGGUUCAUUUGUUUGGUCUCAUCUAACUAAUUUGAUGGAAACAUCCAAUCCACACAAACAGAACAUCAGAUUUAUCCUUGAAGAUGCUCGUCUGAAGAAAGAAUUCAACAUGGAAAAGCUGAAAUAUUCUAGAAACUACGAGGGGUCUUUUAUGUUAGAGAAAAUCAACACCGGUGCUAUGGUUGAAAGCAACAUCAUCUGGUCUUCAAAAUCUUUUAUUCCAAGAUCUGCUAACCUAAACUUGACUGUUGACCUUUUCGGUAAUUCCGUAAACCUCAUGGAUAUGGGAGGUCGUAUUGAAGGUUUGGAAUAUUUGUUAGAAACUUACCUUGGACCACUUGGAUAUUUUGGUGAAAAGAGUUCAUCCAAAUCUGUUGCUAAGAGCAAGGCUAAACUUGACCAACUCAGAGGUUCUAUGUAUAUGAGAAUGUUUGGUAACGAAAUGGCUUUCACACACUUCCAAGGUCUUGAUUCACUACCUAAAAUGAAGAGCCUGAAUUUCGAAGAUAUCCUCAAAAAAUUGUCUAAUAAGCAUGACCUUUCCUUCACCCAGAGCUUCAUGUUUUUGGACAGCAGUAUUAUCGUUCCUACUUCGUCUGGCAUGCCUCUUAAUCUCACUGUCAAUGGUGUCGCAACCGUAGAUAUGAAAGCAUCAGGUGAAAUGAGAUUAAAUAAAUUGACCGCCAACCCAUCAAGACUCCAAAUCGAAGGAACUAUUCAACCAAGUGGUGCUGUAGCUAUCACUGGAUGUAUGAGUGUUGAUGCCUACGUCACAAAAUCUGGACUAAGAAUGACAAGCACACUUCACUCAAGCACUGCAGCUAAAGGAAGCAUCUUGGUCCACGGAGGAAAGAUAAUGAAAGUUGAAUUCGAUAUGCCACAGGAUAAAAUGGAAAUUUUAGACGUCAAGACCGCUUUCUUCACCGUCCAUGGCGAUAUUGAGAAAGAACAGACCAUGGUCACUGAUAACCGAAAGGUAGCAACGGUCUGUACUGGAUCUCGCAUGGCCAAGGUAACUGGAUUGGAAUUGUGUGGAGAAAUUAGCUUCCCAAACGCCUCCAUGAAGGCCGAUGCCCCCUACUUCCCAUUCACUGGGCCAGUUGGAGUCAGUCUGACUUUGCACAAGCGUGACAGCCAUAUUGGAUAUCGACUUCUGGCUAAGAAAACACAGAGUCCAUCAACCAAUGUUGUUCAGUUGGCUCUUGAUACACCGGGAUCCAAGAUUGAUCGUGAUAUGUCUUUUGAUUUUAUCCUUGACACAAAAAAUAAUGAUAUGGAAGUAAGAAUGAGAUCUCCAUGGGUCCAAGCUGCCAGUAAAGGUGUGUUCAAAAACAAAGAUAAUUUGAAAUCAUUCAACGGCCACGUAUCAUACAAUAAUGCCAAGGUUUUGAUAAUCGAUGCCGAUACAAAAGUCAUGGAGGAUGGAUCACGUAUCACAUAUACACCAAAUAUUGUCAUUGUUCGACCUAAAAUGGAUAAAUACAAGAUGGACGGUAAAGUUACUAUUAAUGGCAUGGAAAAUGUUAUUGUUGAUCUUACCAUGGAUCCAUCAGAAGCCAAGAAAAUGAACAUCAAAUUUGUUGGAACAAAUAUCAAGGGAGAGAAGAGUAUAAGUGGUAGUGUGAAUUACGGAAGAGGAGUCUAUUCUAUCAUAGCUAGUUUACUUCACGAUUACAGUUCAUCAUCAUUAAAACUAAUCCCAAACUUCGAGCUUAAGACACCAUCAUCAUCUUGGGCUGCCAUUUCUGGAAGCUGUGAAUACAAAGAAGAUAAAAGGUUGAUUGCUGAUAUAAAUAUUGCCCUGGAUACUCUGAUGAAGAAACCAAUUAGUUUCAGCUGUAACAUAAACCGGGUAGCUCGAAAGAAUAAACAAGUGAAAUACCUCGCUGAUCUGGUCUUAAACUCGAAACUCAUCACAAUGAAAGUUGAUGGUCUUGUUGAUAGAAAAAGGUCCGGAAGCACAGCCUCACGAUUGAUUAUUGACUACAAUAUUCCAAAAUCUAAGAAGAAUAAGAUAACACUGAACAGUAAAUACAGUGAUAGAAGUACUAAGACCCUGAACAAAAUUACCUGGAAUAGCAACCUUGAUGUUAAACAAAACCCAGAAUACAACUUCAAUUCAAACAUUGAUUUGUCUCACAACAUCCGACAUACCGAAGGAACUGUUAACUUUAAGUAUGGUGUUAGCCCCAAAAACCAUUUCCGCCUAGAAACUAAUGCUGAUCAUAAGGGAUCCAUGAAGAGAGCCUCUGUAGCGAUGAAGAGCAGGGCUAUUAUCCGACCUUUGGAUAUUGAUGUACAAAUUAAUGGUGACCACAAACACAGCAAUGGUCAUUUAGUUUCCGGUUUAAAAAUGCUUUAUGGCGAAGGAAAAGCUAUUGAAACCAGUCUUCGUCUGAAGGAUGACAGUAAGAAAACCACCAAAAUGGGAGGGGAAUGGACCUUGACCUACCCCGGGAAAAACAUCAUCAUUACAUCUGGUCUUGCCCAAGCAUCCAAAAAAGAAUUGCAACACACCAUCAACUUGAAAAUGGAAAAUGGCCACACGUCUAGUAUCGUCAGUACAUACAAACGACCACGACAAGAGAACUACGAAGUUUCAUCUGAAAUUAAUCUCCACGGCAUGAAACCGCUUGUCAUCUCUGGAAAUACGAACCUUAACCUCAAGAAUUUCAAACUUGGUGGCCAGGUAGAUUAUGCUGGGGAGACAUACAGCAUUAAUUCUGUGUCAAAAUAUUCACCUAAGGAACCACAAGGUAAGAUGACUUUGGACGUUGUCUAUCCUUCGCACCAUAUUAAUGUAGUCGUAGACGGUGGCCGAAUAGGCGAUCAGUAUACUGGUAAUUUGAACACUAAGUGGAAUGCCGACAAAGUUUCAUUGAAAGGUGAAAUGAAUAUCAAGUCCCUUAUAGAUUUGGACGGCGUCAUUGCCUUGAAAUUCCCAUCUAGAACCAUGGAAUUGAACUUCAAGCACAGUGGUAUGGACAAUUACAUUUCACAUGCAGACCUAUCCUGGAGCCCACGUGACAAAAUCAACGUAGAUUUAACCUUUGGACACAAUAUUAAUGUAGAGGAGAGGAACAUCGCUAGUACUAUAAGCAUAUCAACACCAUUCGAAUUUCUACCAAUGGUUACAGCUAAUUUAGAGUACACCAGUGAUGCCAGUAAAUACAGCACUAGCAGUUUGUUUAACUGGGGUAAAGGCCGAGAUCAAAUAUCGUCUAACCUGUCCAUCAUGAAGCCCGUCUCUUUACGCCACAUUGACUUAAGUUGGCGAGCCACCUCGCCUUUUACUAGUUUCAAACGAAUGGCUGCCGAAAUAACCCACGACGCUGACAACAAAAUAAACACCAUUGUCAAAGGGUCUAUUGGUAACACAAAUGGCGAACUUAGCUUAAGUGGAAAGGACAUGAGUGACAGUUACAAGACCGACCUCGGAGGAAAGUUAGAACUUAAAUCCAACAUUCGUAACUACGAAACUGUUAGUCUAGAAGGUAAAGCAACAUAUGCUGAUAACAAAUACCAGAGCAACUUGGUUUUAGAUAGAAAUGGUGAUCGAUAUCUUUAUGAUAUCGACAUGGCCUUGUUCUUAAGCGGCUGGCAGAUGCAAUCUAAUGGUAACUUAGUGGUUGCCGUACCAAAUUUCCGUAUAAAGAACAACUGGAAUCAUCGCCAUACACUUAGCGACAUCCAAUCUACGAUGUCAUCCGAAUGGGGAAAUAGAAACAAAGUUUAUAUCAGUCUUACAGCUCUAAAUCAUUUGGCUUUAACACGUAAAAUAAAUGGUGACCUAAAAGUUCAAACCCCUUGGGAAGCUAUUCGAGACAUCGAAUUGAAUGCUGAACACGAGCUUGCUAGUGGUUUCUUCUCUGGUGUUUCUACGUUGAAAAAGAACCGAAAUGAAGUUGGCUCAUACAGACUGAAUUAUAAAAUGGGGGAUACUAACGGAGAUAUGGACUUCAUCCUUACCAACCCCUACACUGAAGAUUUAGGUGGCAAGCUGAACUUUAAAGCUGGUUCUUUCCCUAUAACUGGCCAUGCUGAAUUAUCAUGGGCUCCUAGACAAACCAUAACCACAGAUGGUACAUUCUCUUUUACCAACGACUUCGAUCUUGACACAACACUGCGUGUGACAUCGCCUUUCACAACAUUGAGUUCAGUCGUCAUUAAAGCUUCUAACAAAGACGUCAAUGGCCAAAUGGUUAUCUCGACAGCCAAUAUAGAAUACGGUUCUAGAAAAUCCAUCGAUUUGGAUUCACGUGUUCGAUACGGUGACAACAAAGAAAUUACCCUGAAAAUGAAAACACCACAUCCAGAUUUCCGUUCCAUCGACUCACAUGUUUCAUUUGCUAAAUCUGCAUAUGAAAUCGACACCAAAGCAGACCUUGAAGUUCUCCCUGUCUUUGGUAAAUUUUCCUCGAUGUUCAAUGCCAAAUGGGCUUCUGAUAUCUUAGCUAAAUUAAGAAUGGAUACACCUUUCUCUGGUUUCCCUUACCUCCGAAUUGAAGCUGCCAGUAGUGAAGAUAAUAAUGGAAGACACUCACGAAUUGAAACUGAAUAUUCUCCAAGGCAACUAGUGAGCCUGAUUUCUUCAUACAAAAUGGAUGGACCAAUUCCAGCCAUAUUGGACGUUAGCCUUACAACACCAUAUGAGUAUUUGGAAAACGUUGGGGCAUCAAUGACACAUAAAAACGAAAACAGCAACAUGCAAACUCAUGCUGAAAUCCGCUAUGCACCCUAUAAAAUGGUCGAAGGAGACUGGUCACUGAACUGGGGCAAAGAUCUAGAAGGAAUUCUUGUCGUCAAAACACCAUUUGAUCAAUAUGAAAAUACAAAACUAUCAUACAGACAACAAGGUGACUUAUCAGAUUUCUCCAGUCAUUCUGAGAUUGAAGCUCUGAAAAAGAAAAUGGAUGCCGAUUUAUCGUUCUCUUUUGGACGAAAACCGAGUGCUAAAUUAAUUUUCCACACGCCUUUUGACGGUCUAGAAGAAUUUAAGGCACAGGCUGAAAUGAGAGGCAGUUGGAAUCAACUCCGCAUGACUUCAACAAUUAAUUAUGGCCGAUCCCAGGAAAUUGAGGCAAGACUCAGAAACUCAAUGUCAAGCGGACGCAUGGAUGCCAAUUUCCUUCUGAAAACCCCAUUUUUCGAUACCUUGAAACUGAACAUUGAUCAUGAUGGUAGCCUCAGUAAAUUCACUAACAAGUUUACAUCAAGUCUUGGUCGUCGUUAUGCCUUCAAUACAGAUGCGUCAUUCACCAUGGCACUACCCAACAUCGAUGUCGUUGGAACUGUAGAUUACAGAUUACCAGUAGAUACCAGAGUUACUACGGUUACCCUUCACAAGGAUGGGGAAUGGGACAACAUGAAUGCACACUUGACGGGUGCUUGUAACGGACAAGAGAUUGCAAUUAGGGGUAAUAUGAAGGCUCGUGGUAGUAUAGAAAGCUCUAUCACUAUCGCUACCCCCUUUACUGAGGAUAUUGUUUUGUCAAUCGACCACAAUGGGGACAUUAAAGAUUUCUCUACCAAGGUAUCUGCCAAUAUUGGCACUGAUUACAUCGUCACAUCAGAAACAACAUUCAACCUUGAAUUACCAAUCAUGAACAUGAGACAGAAUUUGAACUACCGUUAUGCCGGAGAAGGACAAGAAAUAAACAUCGUUUCAAACACUGAAGGACCUUGGGAGAACUUUAAAUGGAAUUUAGCUACAUUUGUAGAUGGUUCUGAAUAUUCUACUUCAGGAAACAUGAAAUCAUCCAGCCCAAUCCUAGCAUCGAUAACUAUCAAUACACCAAUCAGGGACUACCGUGAAAUGUCCGCAGUUGUUAAGCACAGUGGUGACAUGAAUAGAUUCGGCUCAUCUGUAAGUGUACAGUUCAUGGAUGGCCAGAAGGUCGAAGGUAAUGUCAACUUUUACGCCAACGGAAUGAAUAGAAUCGAUGCAUCAGCUGUGAUCACCACACCAUUCCAGAAUUAUGAAAACAUUGAAUAUAAGUACACCCAAAAUAUUGAUGACAACAGUUUAUCUUGUCAUGGAGAGAUAUCAUACGGUUAUUCUAAACAGAUUGUUGCAGAUUUGAAUGCUUCCAUCUCUCCCAAAGUUAGUGGCAGUAUCGUUGUAACCACCCCAUUCGCCGAUUUCAGAAAUAACAGAAUAUCAAUAAGCGGGAAAGGUUCUUCGUCUAAUUUCCAAGCCGAUGGCGAGGUUGAACUCUACGGCGAAAAGUUAAAUGUUGAAUCUAUUUUCUCUCAUGGUACAGACACUAAUGGACGAUUUACUUUACUAGCAACAUCUGCAAAUGUAAAGGAUAUUACAGUUGCGUUCAACAAAAGAGGUGAUCUUAACGACUUUGCUUGUACCAGUAAAGUUACGUAUGGAGGAACAGAUGUUCUGGAUGGACGAGUUGCUGGACGAUUUAUUGAUGAUGAUAAAUCAUUAUCUCUCAAUAUCAAGAAUCCCUACACAGAAACAAUUGAUGCCACUAUCCGACACAACGGCAAAAUGUUGAACUGUACUACUACCAUAGAUGCUUCAAUUGGCAGUGGUUCAUCUGUUCACAGCGAGACAACUGUAAAAUCUAACCCAAGAAGUUUCCAUGUGGCAGUUGAUAAUAGUUACACUUUAUCUGGCGAGACAGAGAAAGCUGGAGCAUAUCUUAAAACUGAAGGAGAUUUAGUCGAAAACAGAGUGGAAUAUGGAGUCAAAUAUAACGACAAAGCUGUCGAUGGUUCAGUUGCAUAUGACUUCAAGAGAGGUAUUUCAAUUGACGCUUUAUUGACUACACCAUAUGUUGACUUCAGAAAUCUUGCUUUCCACUUUAAACAUGCUGGAAAAGCUGAAAAAUUCAACACCCAAUCACAUUUAAGAUACAUGGACGGACAAGAAGUUGGUACUAAAUUGGUCUUCUAUCGAUACAUGUGGAGAACCGUAACGACGACCCUUGAGAUCAAUACACCAUUCACUAACUUGGAAACUUCCAAACUUUCGUAUGAACACAACUUUAACGAUAAUUCUAUGUCUUCCAAAGCCGUUAUGGAUUAUGGUCUACGACAAAAGAUUUCUGGAGAGGCAAGUGUGACUUUGGGACCCAAAUAUACCGUUGAUUUGAAUAUUGAAACACCAUUUUCUGGAUAUGAAACUGUUGUAUAUUCUGGAUCUGCUGAAAACCAAAAUCAUCGUUACUCAACUGAAGCGAGUUUUAAAUUGGGAAAUUACAAUGCUUAUACAAUGAAUGCUGAUUUGAACUUGAAACGUCAUCCAUUCACCGGGAGUCUUAGAAUGUACACUCCAAUCUCCCAACUAAAGAAUGUUGACCUCUCCUUCUCACAUUUCGGCGAUUUGAAGAACCUCAAAUCUUCUGGAAAAUUUGAUACACCAAUUACUGGAACUGUCAGUGGGGAAGCUACUUUAGACUUUACAUCUCCAUACGUUCUAGAUGGCUCGCUGUCGCUAAAGAGCAGCCUGCCAAACAUGGACAAUCUUGAAAUUGCUGUUCAAAAUACUGAAUCUGGCGACGAACAUCGAUCACAUAUUAUGUUCGGAUGGCAAACUGAUCAACAAAUUACCCUGGAUGGUGGAUACACAAGUUCCGAUAGCCUGUAUAGGAAACAAUACAGUGGUGAUUUCUCUAUGGUCACACCAUUCGAAACCAUUCAUUCAGUUAAUUUAAGAAGUACAUUGAACAACGAUGCCCAAAAGUACACAGGCAAGGUCGAAGCCGACUAUAAUGGAGAUACUCUUCUUGAUGUUGGAACCGAAUACAUGUAUGGUGAUAGUUAUCACAGUUCAGUAACAAUGCACAAACCAAGACCAAUCGAAGCUACAAUGAGUGGCCAGUACAAUGACAAAGAACUAAAUGCGGAUAUAUUUGUCAACUGGAAUAGAGACGAACCAAACAGUAACAUCCGUUUGUUGGCUGCUAGUCAAUUUGGCGACAGCAAGGAACUGAACAUAAGAGUGGUGAACCCAAUGAGAACAGUUGCCAUGAAGGGUUCUUAUCAUGGAAACAGCUAUUCAACAAAGAGCCAAGGGGAAUUUGCAUGGGAUGAGCAGUUGGGCCGUAAAAUCUUCUACGAUUUCGAUAUGUCUGACAGUAGUCGUCGAUACAAAACUAUGUACGAUGCAUCAUUCAAACUUGGAACACCAAGCCGAACAAUGCAAACAAGAGGAGGUUACAGUUCUACUAAGAGUGUCAAAACCAUUGACGCCGCCUUCUUGUGGGAUGCUGAAAGAGAUACUUCAAAACAAAUCGGUAUCAAAGGAAACUGCAUGCCAGGUGACAAUAAACACAAGGCUGAUGUUACCAUUACCUUACCUAACAAUCAACAGGACAUUCGAAUUGGUACUGAAAUGACUGUAGAUAGUGGUAGAACUCUUUUUGACGGAAAGACUGAAUUCUCUUACUCACCUGAUUCAAGAAAAACCCUGGUUCUGACCUCAAAUGUUCAAGAUGUUUCUUAUGACAGAAACCACAACAACUACAGUCUUUCUCUUGGUAUUCGACACCCAUACACCAACACUGAUGUUCAAUUCACAUCUCAUAUUGGUAGUUCCAGUGAGAAAUACGCCUCUGGUAUGCAGAUGCAGUACUUGACCGCCUCAAGAAAACGAAUCAACAUGGCUCUUCUCGGAGACAUUGACAGACUUCGACAACAAAUCAAUCUCCAGAUUGUCAGUCCACUAAAGAAUUUAGACGUCAGUGGUGAAGUAAAAAGUAUGGAACCAUACCAGGUUGUUUUUAACAGCCGUAUUAAUGGUGAACCUUCUGCAGUCGCCGCCGUUUCCAUUGAUAGCGAAACCAGAUCCUUCCAAUUUGAAUCCAACUAUGACAUAAAUGACUUUUCCAAUAUGUUCCACUUUGAUGCUCAUGUAGUAAAUGAUAGUGCUAUUAGAACUGAAUUAUAUUUGGAUGGUAGAGCCCACAGAAAUUUGUUUUCCGAUGACAUUAUCCUCAAGAGGAACAGAAUUGUUGAAUAUAGUAUGAAAUGGAGGCCAGAGAUGUUUAGCGAAUUCAAGAACUACGCCACUGAACAACAAAGACGUUUCCGUGCCGAUGCAAGUGCUGCUUUUGAUGAAGUCGUAGAACAUGUUGGAAAUGAAAUUAGUUACAAAUACCGAGCUAUUGCUGGUGCUGUUGAUGAAGAAAUUCGUCCAUUUGUUGAUAUGGUUUUACGAGAAAUAAUGGAUUUGGAAGAACGUAUGACCCAAAUCCGAAGUCAUUUACGACAGCUUCAUUAUGAUAAUGUUUGGUAUAUGAGAUCAAUGGGGGAUUACGCAGAAACUUCUUUCCUGGAAGCUUUGGAUUCAUAUAGCCAGUUAAUUGAAUCAUUUAAUCAGUUCUACACAGCAAAAUUAGACAGCAUCUUACAUUAUCUUGAAGAGAUGAAAUCAUAUCCAGUUAAAGAAAUAUAUGAAACAGCUGUAACUAAUGUUGUAUCACAACUUGAGGAAAUAUUAGAAAGUAGUAUGGAAAUAUCAGCGGAAAUACUUGAUGUUGUAAAUGAAAAACUUAGAGAAAUAGUUGAAAAUUCUGGAGUACAUAUUAAUUAUUAUGUUCAACAGCCUCUGUCAGAUUAUGCUAACAGCAUCUAUAAUCAUUCCAAUAUACAGCUAGUCCGAUCCAAAGUAAAUGAAAUCCGAAAUAUGGAUUUGAUCGGAAAACUUAAAAAUAACAUCGCCGAUUCAGUGAAUUCAUUGAGCAUACCAGAAAGAUAUAACUCUGUUAUUUAUAAUACAAGAGAAAUAAUAAAUCAACAACUUGCUGAUAUCGUAAACAGAAAAGAAGUUAAAUAUAUUCAAACUAGAGCCAAUGACGUUUAUCAAGAGGGUGUAUGGGCUUACAACUAUUGGAAGAUCGAAGAAAAUGUUGAACAAAAAUUAAGAGAAUUAUUCAGUUUGUUGAAAGAAAUCGUUGAAGUUGAAAUAUCCCAGUACAGAGAAAAAGUUGGAUGCAUCUUCAAAUCCAAUGUAACUGUUUACGACCCACAGAAUGGUGUACUCAAGGCUGAGUUGUAUCUCCCCACACCAAUGUCGUCUUUGAUGGAUGUAGCAGGAUAUGGAGAAGAACUUAAAGAAAUGAUGAAUGAAUAUAGAAAGUCCAUUGCUCAGGUUUACAAUGAUUAUAUGACAACUAUCUGGGCCCAAAAUAAUGAAAUGACUGUGAUGGAGAAGCCACAAAAACGACAAUUGCGCCAACUUCGCCGACGAAAGCAGUAAAUCGCCAAAUGACUUGAAACUUGACCAACAACCAAUUGAUACCAAUCAAAACAGAUUAAUUGUUGAUUUAUUUAUUAUGUAGAUGUAAAAGUUUAAUUUAAGUUAUAACAAUAAAAUUAUAAAGCAUAAA